AUGGCUCUAUCAAAACCACAAUUAACAGGUACACCUCAACACUUUUUAGAGUGUGGUAUCGAAAACUGUGAGAGAAACUGUGAAUUUUACUGCAACUUUUGCCACACAAGAUUAUGUAAACAAUGCAGAAAUGUACAUCUGAGAAGUCCAGAAACGAAAAGUCAUGAAGUGGUCCUAUACCGGGAAAGGAAACGACAAUUGCCAACAGAAAAAUGCAAGAUCCACCCCAUCGAGUUUAUAAAUUUUCUUUGUGAAGAAUGUAAAAUUCCGCUUUGUUCCAAAUGCACUGUCACACCAGAACACAGAGGUCACACAUUCACUGAUCUGGAAUCAAUUUAUACAGAGAAGUUUUCCCAUUGUCAAGGAGAAAUUGCAAAAAUUCAUGAGUAUUAUCUGCCAACAUCUAAAGAUUUACAGAGAGAAAUUAACGAAGAAGCAAAAGAAAUCAAAAAGAUCAUGGACAGCUUAAGAACCUCCAUAAAGGCUGAUGCAGAGUCACUAAAAAGUAUGGUGGACUCGGAGACGUCUGAACAUAUGGAAGAAGUGAACAAAAUAGAGCAUUCAUUAUUGGAAAAGUUAAAUAACGAAGACACAACGAUUGAAAAAUACAUUACCUACCUCAAUGACCUGGACAAAGAGUUCAUUGUUUAUAUGUCCUCUUUAAAACCUUCAAAACUUGUUACUGCAGAGGAUAUGCAAAUCCAACCCAUACCAGAAACAACAAAACCAGUGAUGCCUGCAUUUACUUCUGGGAAGUACCACAAAGAGGAUAUUGCUGAAUUACUGGGGAAAAUAACUUUUUCAAACAUAAAAGAAGAGAUGAGAAAAGUAAAGCCCCUAAAAUCAAAAAUUCCUACAUCACAUCCGAAACUAACAAGCUAUCAAGUAAUGGAAGACAGUCAACCAACAUCAAAUGUGAAACAAACACUGUCCCUAUCCUUCUCUGUCACUAAGGUCAGGCAGUUCAAUGUACCAGGUGUUGACUGUGUCUUCCAUAUGUCACUAGGUCAGUCAGGCAGACUCUGGGUCAGUGAAAUUGAAGGUAAUCUUGUCCAAGCAGAUCUACAGGGUAAUCAGAUACAGAAGAUACAAACCAGUAAAGGACUUGGUUACCACACAGUGACACAGGAUGGGGAUCUGAUCUUUACAGACAUGUACUGUAAAGACAUCAACAGGAUAACACAGGAUAACAAUAUCACUGAAUUCAUUAAAACAGGAGACUGGAUACCUAUCAGUAUACACUCCUCCCACAUCAAUGGGGACAUACUGGUGGGGAUGGAGAAGGAUGGAGAGGCUAAAGUGACCAGGUACAACAAGACAGGAAAAGAACUACAGAACAUACAGAGGGAUAACAAAGGACAGGAACUGUAUAUUACACCAUACUACAUAACAGAAAACAUUAAUGGAGAUAUCUGUUCAUCAGACUACGAAAAAGAGGCAGUAGUGGUGGUGAAUAAAUCAGGACAAUACAGAUUCUCCUACACAGGUCAAGGGUCAAGGUUCAUUCCCUUUGGAAUUUGUACUGAUCUCCUCGGUCACAUACUGGUGUGUGAUAAAAUAAAUGUCCACCUCCUUGUUCAGGAUGGUCAAUUCUUAUUUCUACUACUCACACGACAACACGUAUCUAGUCCCACUAGUGCAUGUGUGGAUGAUGAAAACAAUGUUUAUGUUGGACAAUAUGAUAAAACCGUAAAAGUGAUUAAAUAUCUCCAAUGA